AUGGACGCAAACCAGUAUUCGGGCUACCUUUACCAUACUUCAGGCAGCUCGAGCAGCCAGUCUCAAGGUAACUUGAACAUGAGCCAAGGCCACCUCCACUUGGUUGAUGACGAUGUGGACAUGAUCGCCUUCGAUGAUCCCGAAGAGAUUCCCUUCGACGAGCUCUUCGUUGCCAAUAACCACCCAAUUCAACCACGUUGCCGCCGCACCCAACCGGCCAACAACGAGGAGAAGCUGCGCGGCUGGCGCAAGCAGAUUGUUGAAGCCAUCAAGGACUUUAGCGAUGUGGUUAACAAGAAUCGCGAGAUCAAUACCCUGAACGACCAGGGAGAGGUCGCUAAGACCGUAGCACACGCUUACAUUCAGGUCCCCGCGACCAACCGUCUUGCUGCUGCUCCCAAAGCCGAGAUGAAGGGCAAGCACGACAACAUUGUUUGCAACGGUGUUAGGGGACAAAUUCUCAAAGAGGCCACAAAGACCAAGGGCAAGAAGGCCAAGACCAGGAAGGCAGCGGAAAAGAAGACUGCUGGUACGGGUGCUGCUGGUCCGGAAGCAGCUAGCAAAGAGGAUGCUAGCGAGGAAGCUGCUAGCAAGGAGGCUGCUCGCACGGAUCCCACUGGCCAUUAA